AGGCGUGAGGGAGGUGGUGCGGCCGCCGGAGCGCGGGGAGGGGGCGGUGGGGGAGGAGAGGCGAGGCAGCCGCGCGGAUGAUGACGGGGCUGGUGGGCAGCCCGGUGGCUGCCGUCAUGCAGGAGAACUUCGGGUGCGCCGUUGCCAAUCGCUUCUACCAGCUUCUGGACGACGAGUCGGACCCCUUCGACGUCCUGCGCGAGGCCGAGCGCCGCCGGCAGCAGCGCAAGAAGCGCGACGAGGCGGCGGCCGCCGGCAGGAGACCCGUGCCCGACGGGCGGGCAGGCGGCGGCAAGAGGGACAGCCAGAAGGAACGCAAGAAGCCGGAGACCUCCCCUGCGCCCUCGGGGCCGCCGCAGCCAGGCCCGAAGCGGACACCCAGGCGGGGAGAACAACAAGGAUUCAGUAACAGAGCUGCAGAGGGGCAACAAGACAAAACUGAAUCGAGACCACCUUUCAGGGAAUACCGUCCCUAUGGAGCCCAAAGACAAGUAGAAUUAACAGUGGAAAGACCACUGGAAAGAUUAGACUGUGACAGACCAAAAAGAGGUCGUGGUGGAGGAAGAGGUGGAAUGCGAGGUAGAGGAAGAGGUGGUGGAAUAAAUAGAAGUUUUGAUGGCUUUGACCAGAGAGGAAAAUGGGAACUUGAAAGACAAAGUAGAAAUGAUAAAACUGGGAUGGAACAAACUGCACCUAUGGAAGAGACUAUGGAAACUCCUGAACAGCCAGGGACAUCUGAAGGAGAGCCUCUGAGCAAAAUUGGUGAAGGAGAGCCAAUGGAAGAAGUGAUUCAAGAAAUGACGUUAGAUGAGUGGAAAAAUCUUCAGCAACGGAAUCGACCAAAGCCUGAAUUCAACAUCCGGAAGCCAGAAUCCACUGUUCCUUCCAAAGCAGUGGUGAUUCACAAGUCAAAAUAUAGUGACGAUUUGCAAAAGGAAGACUCUGAAGAUGAUUCUCACGUAUUUCGAAAACCAGUGAAUGAUAUAACAUCUCAGCUGGAUAUUAAUUUUGGGAGUUUUUCUCGUCCUGGCCGUGGAUCAAGAGGAGCACGAGGUGGUCGUGGUCGUGGCAGAAGACCUGAAGAGACAGGACCUCAACGAAAUGUAGUGGUGCAGCUUGUUGCUCCAAAUCCUGAUGAUCCUGAGGAUUUUCCGGCUUUAGCUUGAAGAGCCAUCAUGAAUGGUGAUAUCUCAAAGUCACUUUGUAACUAUGAAGAGACCAGUUUUAUGCUGGUGUGUAUUAAGGAAGCCUGUUUCCUUCUGGAAAGUUGUUUUGGUGUUUGGUGUGGAAUGAUUGCAGCUGUCUGCUAACAGAGYUGGGUUCUGGAAAUAUGGGUGGAUAGUAUCCUGUCACAGAUUCCAAUGUCUGCCUCCAUUUGUGAAACCUGUGGGAGGGCUUGCAAUACUUUCCUACUAGGCUUCAAGAGAAGUUAAAGGGAAGACUGUUUAAAAAUGUAUAUAUAGAGAUUAUAUCAAAUUCUCCACGACACCAUGGUGAAAUGUAAACUAUAUGACACAAUCUACAACUGGGUUUGGGACUUAUUUACACCAUACAUUUGAAAGAUCUUAUUUUGAGUGAAGUGUAUAUGUCAAACAGUUGCAAGYUGCAGUUCUUCAGAGUUUGGAAAAUAAAGGAAAGUGCACAUUGGUUUGGGUUUGAGGUAUUAUUUUAAGAAGCCAGAGAGGUAGGUAGAAGCUUUUGCUAUUUGGCUGUAGUCUGGGGGGGAAAGGGGAGAAAAAACCCCAAACAGCAAUCUGUACUCACCAUAAAAAAAUGAACCUCUCUCUCAAUGGAAGUGAUCUUUGAAAUCAAGGCAGCACAGAUGCUUUGAAUUGACACAUAACCAUAAGUCCUACAUCCAUAACAAUAUAUAAUCUGCAAUUACUUUGAAGAUAAAUAGGUAUUUUGAUUUAAAUACAGAACUAAAUUAUGAAGGAAGCUUUUAAUUUUAGCAGGAGCAACUACAAACUAAAAUGUUUCAUGCCUUACCAAGAAGUUCAUGAUGUUGGGGAUGAAGUGCAAUGUUCCUUCAUUGCAGCUUUCACAUACUUGAGCCAGAUUUUCUAACUUGUUUCCUGUCCAAGGUGACACUCAGAGCCAUUCUAGGGGAUCUGAGAGAAACAAGAAAAUGGUGCCCAGAGGUGAUGGCAGAAAGACGUGAGAGGACAAGCAUAUUGGACAUUUUGGAAGUAGCUGUCAGCCUCACAGAAGUCUUCAAAUGCUUGGUCAACUUGAGCACAUUAUUUCAAUUUACUGGGAAAGCAGAUGUACAUAAACCUUCCACUUUUUCCAGUUCUGUGCCUCACUUCUAAGCAGUCUCCUUUGAGAGCAAAUAGUGGAUAAGACUUAGAAGAAAAAGAAGUUUUGCUUUGGAGUAAGCUCUAAGUACUCAGAAUCUUAAAAGUUUAUUAUCACUGAUAAGGCUUCACUCAAAUAAGAUGUAAUCAUCCUAGAAAAACUUUUCUGCAUGGUCCAAACAGAUGGUCUGCAGACUAGUCAGCCCAAAGGAGUUUUUUACAGUGUUAAAUUACUUAUAUGACAUGAGAAUUUGUGUUCCACAAAAAAUUCAUCUUAAUGGCAUAGAGAUGUUCUGACUUGCAGGAAGAAUGUGCGAAGUGCAGGUGUUAGAGGAAUUUGAGGAAAUAGUGGAAAGAGUCAGAGGAAAUAGUGCUGCUGUUUGAGUAAUUGAACUGGAUGAAAUAAUUCACAYGACUCCUUCAAUUUGUAGUCACAAGGUGUUACUUGAAAUCACUGCAGUUUAACAUUUAACUGCCAUCCUUUUCAUAGGCGUUUUUUGUUUCUGCCAAAAACAGCUAUUUAAUGAAUGUGGAAGUGAUUUUGUCUGUGGGGUUCUUGGAAUGUUUUUCCAUGUUCCUCCCUUCCUGUUCCCAUAUUCCCAUUGGACAGGGAAGAAUGUGUCUGAAUUUUUAUCUAUGUUUUUACAUGCCAGGAUAAGUGUAUGCACAGAUGUGGAGAGCUCCUUUGCAGGGCUUGCUUCUAUUUCCUGUCAGGUUUUGAAUGUAGCUUUCUCUUUUACUAAGACCUCUUUUUGCUAAGGAAAGUGGUCAUAUGCUUAAAAGUAACUUCCCCUUUUUUUACUAAAAAUGUUAAAUUUUACUAUACUGUUCUACUGGGCUCAAUCCUCUGUAAUGCAUUUGGUGUAGGUCUGACUCUUCUCUGAGAAGGCUGAGAUAAUAUUUUAUUUUUCUGUUUCCUUCCAACUGUUGUAAAGUUGUUGUUCAUUCCUCUUUAAUCUGCGUUUCAAAACAGAAUGACAAAUAGGUUCCUUGGAGAAUGCUUUUAAGGACUUGUGAAAAUGUAUCUGUAUCAUCUGGUUUUGGUAAGCAGAUGGUUAAACUCCUGGUUAAAAGAAGAAAAGGCUGGUUACUAGAGUGCUUAUUAAUGAGCCAGAAUGAACCAAUCAACCAAAACUAAACAACACAACCCAUUCAACCCAAAACUUAGUGACAAUGAGUUUUAGUGUAAUUGAUUGUUGCUUAAAACAGACAUUUUUAGAGGAGUUAUUGUGUGACAAUUUUGUUUUUCCUUCUGUCAGACUUGAAUAUGGCUUAAGAGUUUCUCUAGCUGAUGAUAUAUCCAAGUAUAGAGGAGAAAUUAUUAAUCAUAAGUGAUGACAGUGAUGUGAUUUCUUUGCCUAACUGUGAUAAGAGGACUGUAACUCUUAGUCACAGGACACAUUUAAGGUACCAAAAUAACUGUAUCUGUUAAACACAUAUUUGUUGCUGUCACUCCCCCUGUAGCUUUACUCCUUCAURUAAAGCAAUUGGCAGCAGGUGUAAAUAUAUACACAAACACUAGUAGAACGUGACAUGCAUGUUAAGAAGAGAUUAAAUUGGGUUGCAGAUCAUAGUCAUGUUACACUUUAAUAUGCUACUACCAGCUACUUUCUGGAUUAAUAKACUGAGUGGGCUAGUUAAAACUGCUACAUUUCAAGUUCAAGUUUUAGAUAAUGUAAGUUGCAGGAAGUUUGCAAAGAAAGGAAUUCACCUCUCUCCAUGAUUGUCAUUUAUAUGAUAGUGUUGAUAUAACAUAGUUCAGUUAUAUCAUAGYAGUACUGUAGUUGAGGUUUGGCAAGAGUGUAUUAAUAUGGAAUUGCCUUUAGAGGAGAGGAAUAUCUGUGCUUAAGAUAAGAAUACCAAAGAAUGAAUAAAAAGACUCAGAAGUAAAAAACUCUGAGUUGAUAAAUAGGGAUAGUGGGCAACUGAGCCCAUAGGAAAAGAACUUUUAGCUUUGGUUACAUCUUUUUUGUAUGAAAACAGACCUUGGGGUAUCAGCAUGCUUUGAUCCCAAACSCAAAAUCUGUCCCCCUAAUACACUUAUAUCAUUAGGGUUAUUCUUGCACAAUUUUCACAUCUUUUUUUUGCAAAGCUGUCACAGGCAUGUGUGCACAAAUAUAUUCAUAUAAAAAAUGAAUACUUGUGUAUACAUGUGCACACACGUAUUUAUAGAGUGUUAAAGGUAAUGCAAUGCUGACUCAUUAUGAGUGGAUCAGUAAUUGAAUGUGAAACAUGAUUAUCCUUGCAUAAAAAGUACAUUUCAAUUACUGAAUAAUGGGCAUGAAAUUAGAGCUUUUUCAGAAGCAUAUCCUGAGCAAGUA